AUGGCGCGUCUUGGUAUAGCGUACGGGUUUGUUGUGCAGUUUGUCAACGUUGGGCUCUGGGGAGGAGAUGCAUUCAAUCCCGUCGGCCUUGCCUUGAACACAGGGAUGGGUUCAAAGCGAUGGACGAAGCUGAUCGUCAUGUUGAUGGGAGCGCCGCUGCUCGCAUACGCCUUGAAGGAAGUACAGGGCAAGGAUUGGGUGGAAAAGAACAUCAUUCCCGCCCUUGGUGCCCCCAAGGUCUGCGGGUAUGGUGACACGGCCAACUCCUGCAAGAUGUCACUGUGCGGCUUCUACGACGCCAUCCAGGGGACGUGCGAUACCGGCAAGUCGAAGGGCUGCUGCAUCGAUCCUGUCCACCUUGUCUACGACGAGGCCCGCCACUUCUUCCUUCUCAGCUACCUCAUGAGGGUCUUCAACCCCAUCAUGGGCUUCACUGUGCCGUUCUGGGCUGCUUUCAUUCAGGCUUCCAUCCGCCUCCUGCCGUCUGCCAUGACUGGAGUUGUGUGUAAUCCCAACCCAGCCUUCCUCCGUUCCAUCCUUACAGGGGACUGGAGCAUCCUCCACCUCGUAGUGCUGGGAACCUUCGGAGGGCAGCUCGCUGCCCUCUUGGCUGGAACCGCCACCAGUCAACUGAUCUCGCUGGUCCGUGGAGGCAGCAGCGACAAGGCGGUUCAGGGCAAGUCACGAUCACAAGGGUCGGGCAAGAAGUCGUCAGGCGCUGGCGCCUCGCAGACGAAGCCCAAGAAGAGCAAGAAAGCAGAUUAG